AUGUCGAGCGGGCGUGGGGCCUGCAGAUUUGUGUCGAAGCCGCCUCCUUGUCGGAGGAUGAAAGCAGAUAGCAGGGAUGAAAGCACUAUGGUUCGGUACCGGCCCAAAUACGACUCGAUCACAAGAGCACCGAAAAGCGGAAGCAACAAACCAGUGCCGGACCAUACAUUUAUGCUGGCGGCAGCCGAUGCAGUCGACUGCCUGAGCGGGCCCGUGAGCAUGACAUGUAAGUAUAAAAAUACUAUAAGGCUAUUUAAAUUAUACCCUAACAUGAUCGCCAGUAGCCCGAAUGGUAUCUCCUUGCGGGCCGGGCCACAUGAUCCACCAUUCCUUGAACUGUAUCAUCUUCGCCGGAGGGAAUUGUGA